CACACGAAAACCGUGUAAAAAGGAACGUAUUGACUAUACAAAUGCACAUUGCAUAUUGGUGGAGAUAAUGUGACAGUAAAUAAAAUUAUCAGGCGGGUAGCGGGAGGUUUGGAGCAUAAUGGUGCCGAAGCAACUUCAAUAUAGAUGAAAAAAAAAAAUAGCCAGAGCAACCACCGCAGUGUCGUAGCAACCAAGGAGGAAGGUCGAGACUUAAUGGAAAAGAAAAGCCCACAAGAACGACAAGAAGGCGUCUAUGCACGUAUCCAACUGCUACAAAGUUCCAAUGGAGCACUCUUGGCUGAGAAUGAGCUGUUUGAAAGCUUUGUCAUCCGCCUGGAUCGACAGGACCCAUUGACGCAGCCUGUGGCUGGAACCACCCAACUGGAGGACAGGGGUCAAUGUUGGAGGCAGAGAUCUCAGGGCAACUUGCUCGACGGCCUUCUACAGCUGACCUUGGGACAAAAACUGCAUGUGGCACAAAGGGAAAUAGCCGAGAUGAUAAGAGACCAGCAGAAAGACAAUGAGCGGUCUGAGAGAAUUCUGAACAACUACAAGGCCUCCCUCAAAGAAAUUGAUCUACAGCGCGCAGACAUCCGCAGGGACAAGAAUGACUUUGAACACAGAUUCCUCAAACCAUUGAAGAAGAUGUCAGAAAUGAAAGAACCACUAAAGUUACUCCAGUACAUUAGGAGUAAGCAGGCCAGCCAGAGUGACAAGUUAAAACUGAAGAUCCAAGGACUGAAGGAGAAGGAGAAGAGGCUCCAGCAGCAGCUGCAGGAGAAAAGAGAGCUGGGAAAAGCAGGACUCGAGGACAUUUUCUUGGAGUACAGCGAGCCGACAAUCGACAUCGAAGAACUCCAGGUCAAACAUUUGCAAGCACAGCGUACCCUGAGCGCUCACAAGGAGAAGCUUCAGCGUGUGACACAAGAGUUUGCACAGCUGAGCAGAGACAUCACUAAACGGAAGGAGAUGCUGGAGAAAAUAGAAGAGGACAUACUACUUGCUGAAGAGGAGCGUUCAAAGGCUGAGGACCAGAACACGCAGCUGCGCCGCCAGAUGUCCACUUACCAGGCACCCGACAUCGCCCAGUAUAUGCACAUCAAGGACAUGCACAAGAGACUGCAGCAGAGGGUCCACACUUGGCAGAGGAAGGUUGGGAUUGCCGAGAUGACAUCCAAGUCUAAAGCAUGGAGCCAACACAGAGGCACUUCUGUCAUCAGUGCAGAAGCUGGAACUGUUGACAGCCAAUGUCCAGAUGCAGGGAAGCUGCCAUACAUAGCACAGCAUGGCAAAUCUUAAGAUUUAAAGAAGGACUUCCUGUGUUCAUAAACAUCAAAACCUCAGGUCCAUGUGACACACCUGUGAGUCUCCGUGAAGAGGAACUAGAGUAAAUACAUCCUUCGGAGGGUCCACAUCCAUGCUUCAACUUAGCGUCUUUGGCUAUGAUGCCAACUUAGCGACACCUUUGCAUUCCACAUCAUAUUGUUUGCAUACUGUAUUUCAUCUACGAUAGCGAUAUUCGGCUAACGGGUGACAUUUCAGUAUGAACCUAAAAUGCGCUGUAAACCUUUAUAGGUAACUUAUUCUAAGCUUUUCAACGUACUGUAGUAGACAUGUCCAACUGUUCACCCACUUUUUGUAAGUACUUCAGGAGAUGUCUACAAAAGUAUCAUGCUGAGAUAUAGUUCAUCAUGAAGUAGUGGUUUUCUCCAACUGUACAAAAGCAAUAUAGCUACUGCACCACACACCAAAAUGACACCUGUUGCACUUCACAUCAAUGAUUCAAAUCUCAACAGAGUACCGCAAAGUUAAUCAGGUCAAGCAGCACUUCACUUCUCAUCACAGCAGCUUUGUAAUGGCAAGGUAGCAUUCACAACACUUCAACGGAGAGGCUAGCUAGGUAAAAACACUCCAGAUUGUGGUCGUCUGGUUUCUUGCCUGACUGAUAAACAUUACAUGCGCCGUGAUGUGUCCACUUCUUACAACCUCUAACCUAAGUAGUGGAUACUUUCUAUGCUGUGCUAAGGGAAGCCUUUGUGAUUUGUUGUUGAAGUUGAUACCAAACGUAUCACACAAUAAGUCUUGUCUGACUGUGGGGACUGAAAUUACAGCUGUCUUUAUUUUUCUAACUGUGACAAUAUCUUCCACUAUAUAGAGCAGUGGUGGGGAAUCUAGGGUGCAUGUGCCACAUACAGCCUGCAAGAGCAUUGGAUUCGGCCUGCCAUGCAAUUCUAAAAACACAAACCUCAGAGGAAUUGUUAGGAGGAAAAAAGUUCCAAACGUUUGACCAUUUGAUAAAGUAUCUGCUACGUGUAUUCUGCAGCCCCAGUGGAUGUUGCUGGUUGGAGGCCCAUUCUUUUGCAUUUCAAACAUUACAUGGUGCAGGAUUUGUCCAAAGGAUCCUGGGGCAACGUAGCAGGAGGUUGCGAUACCUGAGCCACCUUGGGUAGGAUCAUUGGUUUGGGUCUCAAAGCGGGCGGCCUGAGCUGCACGCCCAUGCGGGGCGCCACCGCGGGUUUGAAGGUGCUCAUGCUGUCGUUGGUCGAGCCGGUGCUGCGGCGGAACGGCGGCUCCGUGUUGGCGGUAGACCUCAACAUGACGCCGUGUAUGGGGGGGCCGAGGGACUCGCUGGAGCUGGCCGGCGUGGGGCCGCCGCCGCCGCCCGGGGCUUGCCUCUGCUCCAAGGUGUCGAGCACCACGUCAGGGGCGUGCUUGGCCGAGCUCUGGCGCUCCAAUUCACGCAGCUCAUUUAGAGCAGUGUUCAUAGUUUCUUCUAUGUCCUGCGGGAGACAAGAAGAAUGUGUAUGACGGAGGGAGCAAAGGAUGGCUGAUGGAAAUAUGAUAGAAGAUGGGCCAAUAUCAUUAUAAAGUGCCUUUGGUGUCUUCAUCAGACUCACUCAAUCAUGAAAAUCAGAGGUGGGACGUAACGACUUCAUUACUGUACUUAAGUAGAUAUUUCAGGUAUCUACUUUUUAACUUUUACUCCCUACUUUCUGAACAAAUAUCUGUCCUUUCUACUCCUUACAUUUUAGAAAUUAGCUCGUUACUUUUAAAACCUUGUAAAGUUAGCGACGACGAGAAGCAAAAAACAUCUGGAAGUCACUGAGUCUCGCGCAUUGAUCACAGACAUCGCUAAUACUUUGAGCCACGUACCUACGGCAAUGCUAAGCUAGUGGGGGCAAAGUGUCUGCGCAUUCUAUGUUUGUGGAUGGUAUGGUCGGAAAACCAAAACAACUCCGAACUAAAGACAAAGCCUUACAUAGGUAAGAAUAUUUUUGGGCUGUUUUUCAAAAGUGCUGCAAAGCUUUGGGUGAACCACGUUAGUUUUUAAGAAAGCUAGCUUUUUGAAGUGUAACUCACAGGCAGUAAAUUGUCACGUUUGAGCCUUAACAUAAAAUUUCCAACACAUUUGUUUGCCCAUGGCCAAAACAAAAGAGUAAAAAUCUCAAACUGAAAAUAGUCAUAAUUUCCUCCUUUUCAACUUUUUAGUCAGCCCCCUGCCCCCUUUUGGCAGGGAGGCGGGGCAUGGGUUUCAAACAAAUGUAGUUUUUUUUAAAGAUUUUUUUUUGUGACUGUAUAACUUUAUUUUAAUAGUGUGCUCGUAUUUUCACUUAAGCUUACAUUUUUAUUUUUGUUUGUCUAUUGUUGCCCCCAGAGAAUACUGCCAAUCAAUCUCACUAUAUUAAUUUUAUUAUUGGGCUGAGAAAUGUCUAUUUACUUUUUUACUUAAGUCCCUUUAUAUGCUUGUACUUUUGUAAUUCUACUCAAGUAAGGGAGUGGCUUCAGUACUUUUACCAGAUUUGUUUUUAUGACACGUAUCAGUGCUUCGACUUAAGUACUAAAUACGAGUACUUUUGACAUCUCAGAUGAAAAUGUAGCAGAAUAAUGAAAUUCUGAAGUCUUACUGUAAGUGGACAAACAUUAGCACACAUGCCAGUACAAUAAGUCUCUUCAAAUGUUUUCCUUCAUUUUUUACCAAUGAUUCUCAUUGAAUGUGCAUGAUUUUGCCAUGUUCAACACCCUGCUUUACCUAGACUGCAUGGACUAAGUGGUUAAAUGAAACCAAAUUUAAAAAAAUAAUUAAAAAAAUAAAAACUGAAAUGUUUUUUCUUCUCCACAACAUGAAGAAACCCUCCCGUUUUCAAUGACAUUGCUGCUAGAAGUUUGUCUUUGUUCAAUGGAGACAUCAUUAUCAAAUUAUGUGUGCGGUUGGCUGUUGUCAAAUUCAACAUGUCCACUCUGUCAGUGAUAUAACUCAUAUAAAAAAAAACUUCAAGAACACGAAAUAUAUUUGUUAAACAGUACACAGUCAGCCUGCUAACUGAAUGAUGAUGCUAAGGCCCGCCGUGUGCCCAUUAAAUAAUAACAUUAGCCAAAAAUGCCCACGCUCACAUAUUUUUGCUGUUUGCAUGGACAUUGUUCGCUUGUAGUUAAUUUGGAAAAAUGGUGAUAUCGACUUAGUUAUUAGCAAUGUUCGGCAUCAUUCACUCAUUCUCGACUCCCUAAUCUUUAUUUAGGGAUUUUUAUACAGUAGACUAUAUAGUUCACUUAGUGAAUGAAAAAUAGUUAGCGUACUCAACUCGGGCGCCGUUAAUUACAUCAUUGCUAUUGCAUAAUUACAAAGUACCAGACCAACAUCAUCUUGUGCAUUUUCCUUAAUAAAAAUUCAACAUGGAAAUAAAUGAUAACAGCACUCUAUUCUUUGAAGUUGAGUGUAUGUUUCAGUGGGGUUAACUGAUGCUCACGAGGCAUUCGAACAGCACUACAAAAUGGCAAACGCAUUAUACUGUAUACUGGAUAUGGCGUAAUUUCAAGCAGCCACCAAUAGAAGACAUGAGAGAAUGUAGAAA